AUGCUAACUCACCCCUCCGUGAGCGAACAAAAUUGUUUAUAAAAUCUCAUCCUAAUUCUGUUUAAUUUUAAACAACUGCAUUUUAAAACGUAAAUUUUACAAUUAAAAUAAUUUUUACUUCUCAAUUUUUACAAAUUGGAAUUUUUUUAAAUUUUGAAGGAAUACAAAUUCUUUAAAAUUUAUCUUUGAAUUUUAUAUUAACAAAGAUAAAACCCCCUCCGUGAGUGAACAAAAUUUUUCUUUUCGCUCAUGGAGGAGCCUAAGAAAAGUCAUCAGAAAAUUUGCAGGGAUUAUUGCUUCACCAGAUGAAGUUAUUUUGCUAGUUGAUCAAAAUAAUAAACCUAUUGGAAGCACAACAAGGCGAGAUGUUCGAAAAAAUCACCUUUUGCAUCGUUCAAGCUUUAUUUUUAUCCAAAAUCCAAUAUCUGAGAAAUUUUAUGUACAAAAAAGAGUUAUGCAUAAAGAAACUUUUCCAGGCUAUUAUGAUCCUGCUCCAGGAGGGAUGAUUUUAGCCUCUGAUCCAAGCGAUGAAUUUGGAGCUAAAAGGGAGCUAGAAGAAGAAAUGGGCAUAUCUGGGGUGAAUCUUGAAUUUUUGUUUAAUAUGCUAUAUAAAUCAGAAGAUCCAUUGUGGUGUGCUGUGUUUUUUGCUAAAUGAGAUGGAGAACUGAGGCUUCAAAAAGAGGAGGUUGAGUUUGUAGAAAUGAUGAGCCUAGAAGAAAUCAUAAGAAGGGCAAGGCUUGAAAGUUUUACACCCGAUAGUAUGGAAAUAUUGAAUAAAUUGAUCGAUAUGGGGAAAUUCAAGCUAAAAAAUAACCAACAAUAUAAUUAA